UCGUCCCCCGACCGAUGGCGAUGGAUGACCGGAGACCGUGUGGUUUCCAGCAGGUCCGCGUUUCGAGCCACCUCUCCGGGAGUCCCUCCGCCCCGGGACGCAAGUAGGACCACCGGUGUCUUUUUCACCAUAAUUUAAUGGUGUUUUUUCUAAGCCGGAGAAGCAGAAGCAGAAGCCGCGAUGAUGCCGCGUGUCGCUCGCGGUCCCGGUUCGCUGUGACCCGGUCGGUAGCGCGAGACCCGCCGCUUCUUCAUGGAUCUGUCCACCCGUUCGGACCGAGUCAAUCGCGAACUGGACCCCUCAUUCAGAGUCUUUUUUUAAAGUCUUUCUGCCGCCCCAUUGAUUGCCAGCCCUCCGUGGGAGUUUCUCAUCUGAUUUUUAAUCCAUUUAUUUUUUUAUUCUCGUUACUAUUAUUUAUUAUUUUGCUUUUUAAUGAUGUUCACUUUUGCUGCCUUCUGCUACAUGCUUUCACUGGUCCUCUGCGCCUCUUUGAUCUUUUUCGCCAUUUGGCACAUAACAGCCUUCGAUGAGCUCCAGGAAGACUUCAAGUGCCCCAUUGAUCAGGGCAAUCCUCUCCACGCGCGGGAGCGGCUGCGGAACAUCGAGAGGAUCUGCUGUCUGCUGCGGAAGCUCGUCCUCCCCGAAUACUCCAUCCACGGCCUCUUCUGCAUCAUGUUCCUGUGUGCUCAGGAGUGGCUGACAGUGGGCCUCAACGUCCCACUGCUCUUCUACAACACGUGGAGGUACUUCCACAGCCCCACGGACACUCCAGAGCUGCUCUACGACCCAGCGUCCGUCAUGAACGGCGACACGCUCAAGUUCUGCCAAAAAGAAGCCUGGUGCAAGAUGGCCUUCUUUGUCCUCUCCUUCUUCUACUAUCUCUAUUGUAUGAUCUACUCUCUGGUAACAUCAUAGCGGGUGGCAGUGGAGUGGGCAGCUCUCUCAACUUGGAGAAACUCUGGAGGACAUUUCAUAGGUCAUACAGUGGUUUUGGAACCCAUGCACUGACACGGCAAGCAAAAAAAGCAUUUCUGAGCAGUGGCAGAUGGGCCGAGGGAAGAGUUUGUCUCGGUGGGUUAGGGUUGCACA